UAGAAAAUCCACCGCAAACUCAAGAGUCAAGACUGAGACCCCAUCAUCGGCUGCCUCAAAUUCCAUCUAUUCAUUGGGUCCAGCUUCAAGGUUUCUACGCUGAUCCUCAAAUCGCCCAUCAUCUCAAAUUAUACGUUUUUUGAGUGGGAGGGUAGAGGAGGUGAAGAUUUGAUCUUGGAGCGUAAAUUAUGUACCGGUCUGGGGCCGCAACCACUUACCGAGGUGGAAUGCCAACAGAUAGUGGGGACUCUGUUGUGACCCUAGAUCAAGUCCCGUGUUGGAGCGAUUCAGACUUUAGGUACUCAUAUGAGAAUGAAGAUCCGGGGUUCCAGAAUCUGCAUUUUCCAGACCCAUUGACUGCAGCAUCUGAAGGGGAGAAUGGUGGAAAUGGAAUGGUAUCGAAGUUUCCCAUGGAUCGUGAAAUUAACUCGAAAAUAUAUCUUUGGAUGGGCAACCCGUGGAAUCUUGAGGUGGAUGCUGUUGUAAAUUCUACAAAUGAGAACUUAGAUGAAGCUCAUAGUAGUCCUGGUCUGCAUGCUGCAGCAGGACCGGGCCUUGCAGAAGAAUGUUCAACCCUGGGUGGCUGUCGAACAGGAAUGGCAAAAGUUACUAAUGCUUAUGAUCUUCCAGCAAGGAGGGUCAUACAUACUGUAGGUCCCAAAUAUGCUGUAAAGUAUCACACCGCUGCAGAGAAUGCACUCAGUCAUUGUUAUCGAUCUUGCCUUGAACUUCUCAUUGAUAAUGGACUUCGCAGCAUUGCUAUGGGCUGUAUAUACACAGAAGCCAAAAACUAUCCACGAGAACCAGCUGCACAUGUGGCCAUAAGAACCGUGAGGCGAUUUUUUGAGAAACAAAAGGAUAAAAUACAUGCAGUCGUUUUUUGUACCACAACAUCAUCUGAUACAGAGAUAUACAAAAGAUUGCUUCCGCUUUACUUUCCACGUGAUAAACUUGAAGAGGAGAUGGCUGUUUCGAAGCUUCCUGCUGAUGUUGGAGAUGAAAAUGGUGAGACGGUCAUAGAUGAACGCAAAAUAAGGAUACAACCUUUACCCAAUUUGAAAAAGGCCGCCUCAAGACCUCCACAGACCUCUACUGAUCUGGCAGACAGCAAUAUAUCAUUAGCAAGACGGUUCGUGGCUCGUCAUACUUUUCUAAGCCCUUUUAAGUCAUAUAUAAGGGACUCAUCGUACUUGGAGUCUUAUCUGGAUCCUGCAUUCAUGUCCCUGAUCAAAGAUCCAGAUCAGAGGCGCAGAGAACAAUGGGAAAAAUCCGCUCAGGCUCGAAAUGGUUGGAGUUUUGCUAAAAUGCUUGGAUAUGGAGACAUUGGGAGUCCUCCUUUAUCAGCUGCUGAAGAAUACUCGCUCCAUUCUCGAUACCUUGCUAAAGCAAAUUCACUUAAUCUUUCUGAUAUUGCUGAAAUGAAAAUUGUUUACCGGGGUGGGGUUGAUAGUGAAGGUCGUCCGGUGAUGGUGGUGGUUGGAGCCCACUUUCUCCUAAGAUGUCUUGAUCUGGAGCGGUUUGUGCUUUACAUAGUGAAGGAGUUUGAGCCAUUGAUACAGAAGCCUUACACAAUAGUUUAUUUCCACUCUACUGCAUCAUUGCAGAUACAACCAGAUCUGGGGUGGAUGAAAAGGUUAGAGCAAAUACUUGGUCGGAAACACCAACGCAAUCUCCAUGCAAUAUACAUUCUCCAUCCAACCUUUGGUCUGAAGACUGCAAUUUUAGGAUUGCAGAUGCUUGUAGAUAAUGUGGUCUGGAAGAAGGUGGUCUACGUUGACCUACUUCUGCAGCUAUUCAAAUACGUCCCUCGUGAACAACUGACUAUUCCAGACUUCGUAUUCCAGCACGACAUAGAGGUCAAUGGAGGGAAGGGCUUACUCGUGGAUCCAAGAACAAAAUAUGUAUAUACAAGACCGUAGCAGCAGAUCCAGACUCCAGCGUUUGACACUUUUUCGUAGUCAUCAUUUCAUUCAUUUAUGGGUCAGGUUGUAUUGUAACGAAGUGUUACUAAUAUUUUAUUUGCUUGUAUAUGUACUAUGAUCCCUCUUUUCACUCUACGGUGUAUUUAUAAUCUUGAAUCUAUGUAGGGCAAUAAAAUUUUAUGAGUCUGCAAAUUUACAUUUCUGAAA